AUGGCCGACCCGCCGCCGCCGCACCAUCCGCCGUGCGCCGCGUGCGCGCACCAGGGCCGGCCCAGCUGCCCGGCGGGCUGCCCGCUGGCGCCCUACUUCCCGGCCGACCGGCCGGAGCGCUUCGAGUACGCGAACCUCCUCUUCGGCGUGGACGGCAUCCUCCGCCGGCUGGAGGCGGCCGGCCCGGACACCGUGACCCGGCUCGCCACCAUGGCGUCCAUCGUCUUCGUGUCGGACGCGAGGGCCGCCGAUCCCGUGCACGGCGCCUACGGCGUCAUAAGGAACCUCCAGCAGGAGCUCGCCAGCGUCAAGGCCGAGAUCGCCGCCAUCCGGCAGAAGCAGCAGAGCACGUAG